GACAUCAAUGCUGGCAGUGCAUCCAUGACAGGCUGCCCCCUCUUGCUGGCGGUGGCCGCCGUGGUGGUGGCCGCCUCGGCCGCGCCCGGGCCGCACGAGCCCCUGGCGUUGGUGCCCGCCCACGUCCGCGCCGGCCGCACCCUGGCCGAGCAGGCCGAGGCCUCCGGCCUGGUGCUGCCGCCGCGCCUGGUGUCCAAGCCCAAGCCCGCCGCUGUCCCCGGCAUGGAGGUGGUCCGCGGCGCGCAGCCCUACCCCUUCGGCCUGGCCGACCCCCUGCCGCCGCCCCGGGCCGCGAAGAGGUCCACUGCCGCCGCCCGCCGCUAUCGCCGAGACGCCAACGACGACAUCUACGAGGAGAGCAGGCUGCCCACGAGCGUCGUGCCGACGCGUUAUACGGUCACGAUGUCGCCCAACCUGGACAAGGGCAUCUUCUACGGCAGCACGGACAUUUACCUGAACGUGAACAGCGCGACGUCCAGGAUCGCUUUGCACGGCACACCCGACCUCACCAUGAAGGAGGUGCAGAUCUUGAAGUGGGACCGCAAACUCAAAGAGUUCUCCAAGAACGGCAACGCGACGCUGAAGAGGUUGAGCUCGUUGGAGGAGCUGCAGCGCAUCAUCGUGGACCUCACCACGGAGCUGGAGGUGGGCGAGCAUUACCUCCUGCGCUUCCCCGUGUUCGCCGCCUACCUGCGCGAUGACCUCAAGGGCUUCUACCUCUCCACGUACGAGGACUCGUACGGCAACGUUGUGCGCAUCGGCACAACGCAGUUUGAGCCCCCGGCCGCGCGGUUCGCUUUCCCCUGCUUCGACGAGCCUGAGUUCAAGGCCCGGUUCAAGAUCAUCAUUGAGCACGACAGGGGCCUCACCGCCAGGUCCAACAUGCCGGUUGUUCGCCAGACCCGACCGACGCUGCUGACGGUCACCACGGAGUUCGACGAAACGCUGCCCAUGUCCACGUAUCUGCUCGCCUGGGUGGUGUCGGACUUCUCGUACGUGUCGAGCAAGGACGGAACGUUCUCGACCUGGGGCAGGGACAACCUCCUCACCUUGUCGACCUCGUGGCUGUCCCAGUCGGUCGGCCCCGCGGCCCUUGAGGGCCUCAAGGACUUUACGGGCAUCGCCUACGCCCUGCCCAAGGUCGACCAGUUCGCCAUCCCUGACUUUGACGCGGGCGCCAUGGAGAACUGGGGGCUCGUCACCUACAGAGAGGAGUACCUCCUGGAGUCGUCGGCCACCGACAUCCGCAUCCGGGAGUUCAUCGGCACCACCGUCUGCCACGAGCUGGGCCACCAGUGGACCGGCAACCUGGUCACCCUGGACUGGUGGUCCAACACGUGGCUCAACGAGGGCUUCGCCACCUACUUCGAGAGCGUCAUCUGCGACAAGAUCAUCCCCGAGUGGAAGUUGAUGGACAAAUACGUGACCGACAACGUCCACGUGGGGAUCGCAAACGACGUGGUCCCCGGGCAGCUGGCCAUGUCGAGUCCGGUAAUCACCCUAGACGGCGUCGAGGCCAAGUUUGACCGCAUUUCAUACAAGAAGGGGGGCGCCGUGCUGCGCAUGUUCGAGCACAUCAUGGGCACGGAGACGUUCAAGAAGGCCAUGCACCGGUACCUCUCCGUCAACUCCUUCAAGAACGGCUCCCCGGACCGCUUGUUCCGCGCCAUGGACGCCGAGAUCGCGCUCCUGGCCGAGUCUCCGCUGCCCGAGGGCGUGACCUUCGCCCAGGUCGCCAAGACGUGGACCGAGCAGGCCGGCGUGCCCGUCGUGACGGCCACGCGCGACUACGACAAGGCCCAGCUGACCGUCAGCCAGGAGAAGUUCAUGUACGCCGAGUCCGAGGACGGCGACGGCGACACUCUGUGGUACGUCCCCAUCCCCGUGGAGGUGCAGCCCAAGAGCGCCGACUGGAGCUGGAGUCUGACCGCCGCCGCCGCCAACAAGCGCUGGCUCACCCCUGAGGCGCCCAGCCUCUCCCGCGACCUGGACGCGUCCAAGACCGAGUGGAUCGUGCUCAACCCCCGGCAGAUCGGGUACUACCUAGUCAACUACGACGAGGCCAACUGGAAGCUGCUGAGCGCCGAGCUGGCCGCCAACCCCAACGCCCUGCACGCGUCCUCGCGCACCCAGCUCGUGCACGACGCGCUGGCCCUCGCCCGCGCCGGCAAGCUGAGCUACGAGGUGGCGCUGCCCUUCCUGCAGAGCCUCAAGCUCGAGCGCGAGGCUACGCCCUGGAGGGCGGGUGUCGUAGCCCUCACCUUCCUCCGUGAGAGGCUGACGGCCACCCCGGCCGGCUACGCGCUCAAGGCCUUCAUCAAGGACAUCACCGCCGACGCGUACAGCGCAGUGGGCUUCUCAGUGCCGGACACCUGGCAGAGCUUCAAGGACUUUUCCAAGGACGAUGAGCGCUUCCUGCGCUACUAUCUGGCGAGCUACGCCUGCGACGCGGGCAACGAGCUCUGUGCGGAGGCCGCCGUCAAGGCGCUCACCAUGUCCCUCGACGAGGGCGAGAUGAUCCACGCCGACGUCAGGACGACCGCUCUGUGCUACGGCGUGCAGAACUCGGCCGACUUGUUCGAGAAGGUGCUCCAGGAGUGGAAGAGCGCGGAGACGUCCACGGAGCAGGCCGCCCACGCCACCGCCCUCGCUUGCACCCUGGAGCACAAGCUGCUCGAGAAUGUCCUCGACGAUAUUCUGGACGGCUCACUCGUCAAGUCGUCCUCCGACCUCCAGCAGCUCGUUGACGCGAUUAUCGUCCGAUGGGAAAACCACAAGUUUAUGAUCGACUACUACAAGAACAACUGGAAGAGAAUCAGGUCAUUCGCCAGCGGCAAAAUGUACUACUUCAACCUGCUCAUAGCCCUCGUCGGGGACGUGCGCACCCCGGAGGAGCUCGACGAGGUCAAGGCCCUGGUGACCACCAUCUUCCCCGACGAGACGAGGACGGAGCGCCUCGAGCUGGAGCUGCGCCUCAAGGCCGCCGACAAGGAGCUGGACUGGUACCGCAAGCACUACGACAGCGUGUCCAAGUGGCUGUUCGCCGCCACCAACACGGAGCCCGUGGACCCCACCGAGCCGACCAGGCCGACCCAGGCGACUACCGAGCAGACCACGCCGACCCAGAUGACCACCGAGCAGACCAAGCCGACCCAGGGGACCACCGAGCCGACCCGAACGACGGAGCAGACCCGAUCGACCGAGCAGACCAGGGCGACGCCGACCAAGCCGGUCGGGCCCACCACAACCCCAACCGUGCCCUCGUCCACACAGCGCUCCGCGGCUAGCUCCCGCACGCAGAUCGACGCCCUGGUGCUGCUCCUGGCCGCCCUUCUCACCCGCGUGGCGUUCUAAACUGAGCCCGGCCGGGGCCGGGACCCUUUUUAAACGAAAACCUGAAGUAUUGUUGUUUACGCUUUUGUACCAAAAAAUUACAUCUGAUAAAUAAAUAUGGUUGAACGUGGAAGGAAA